AAAAAAACCUCUUGUUUUGGUCCACAAAGCCAGUUCAUCUGUUUGGGGAUACACACAAACACCUCGGUCUCACCAGUGAGUGUGUCUCAUGCCCCAGGUAUUACGAAACCGUGUCAGACGUUCUGAGCUCGGUGAGGAAAAUGGAGGAGAGCCUGAAAAGGCUGAAGCAAGCCAGGAAAAGCAGUCCCGCCAACCCCGUCGGUCCCAGUGGCGGCGGCAUGAGCGAUGAUGACAAAAUCAGGCUGCAGUUGGCCUUGGAUGUGGAGUACUUGGGAGAGCAGAUACAAAAGAUGGGCCUGGCAACAAAGGACAUAAAGAGCUUCCCCGCCCUCGCAGAGCUGGUCGCCGCCGCCAAGGACCAGGCAACGGCAGAACAGCCCUGAGCAUCUUGGAAGAGCCUGCGGGGAGAGGAGAGUUGGACGUCGAGCCCGAGGGGAAGAAAGUGGCUCUGUCCUCUUUCCAAGUCUCCGUGUUCCAGAAGUGCUUCCGCUGUGUCUCCAGCAACACGCCAAUGCAGCUUCUCUCCGCCCACUUGGGUCCCCUGUCACCCAGAACAGAACACAGAAGCCUUUUUCCGUUGUACGGAAGAUUGUUUUUAAGACACUUCAAACUUUCUACUAUAGUUUACAGAGCAAAUUAUUUUAUUUUUAUUGUAAAUCUUAGCGUGGAAGAGCCGAUUUCUACAAUAUGAUUAGAGUAAAUAGAGAUGUGUGGCUACGGAAAGUAGGCCCCCUGGCCCUCAGUGGGAGGCACGCACCUGCAGGGGUGAUCACGCUGGAGGGCUCGCCCUCCCCUACCGGGGCCGUGACCGUGCGCAGGGGACGCUCUGAGAGAGGCGGGGCGGGGGGGUGCUCCUCCGUUCUCCCACUGGGUGUUCAGCGAGAGUGCUUCCGGUCACGGCAUCACUCCCGGCGGAGCUGGAACCAGGAGGCAAGACGUAUUCCUGAAUAAAAGACGUGUCUGCCAAAA